CAAAUUUGAGCGAAAGAUCCGAAACUGCAUCCACAAAUCCACAACUUUUGCCUUCAAGGCUUAUUGAAGAAGCUUCAAAACAACAGAUCCAUACAAAGGCAUUGUUCAAGAUGAAGCUUUUCGGUUGCACCAACUUGAUCACCUUGCUGGUUUGCCUCACUUUGAGGGUGAUCUCUGCGAAGAAAAAUGCAGCCACUACGUUCUGGAAUAGGAUGAGUGAGGGCGAAAUUGAGAUGAAGGAGAACAACAGCAGGCAGCUUUCAUCAUCUGAUCAGACGAACAAGCAACGAAGGUUGAAUACAGUGGUUCACACUGGCACCGUCGUUAUUGACUAUGCGUUUUUCAAUGGGGAAGAGGUUUAUACCCCCCUUGGCAGCGAGAGGCAAGGUAUCGAAAGAAUCACCCAAGCCUUUUAUCGCCAAGUCUUUGCAGCUGCCUUCCCACCGCCAUACUCCAACGCAUUUGUAACUUAUACCCAGGACGGAAUUGUUAACGAUCGCUUGUUGAGAAUUUUCUACAAUGUGGAAGUCCUGUAUACGACACAAAGCGAGGGGGGUGUCCCCAGUGUGGACGCAACGAGGGCGGCAGCGGUUAGAUUCGAUUUUGACGACUAUCUCAAUGACUUCGUCAACCUUGCAGAACCGCAUGAUGGUAUCUGGCCACAUGCCACAAGUGCGUUUGUCUUUACUUUGGACAAUUCAUUCUCAUCAGCAUCUGUAAGCGGUGGCUCCGGCUCCGGCUCUGGUUCCUCUUCUGGCGGUGGCUCCGGUUCUUCUGGUAGUUCUGGCGGUUCUUCUGGUCCUUCCGAUGAUCGUUCUGGUCCUUCCCCUAGUAAUGAAGGAAAUCGAGCAGGCUUCAACAUCUGCUUUUCUGGCGACACAACAAUCGAUGUUCUAGGCCAAGGAAUUGUGAGAAUGAGCGCUUUGAAGGUUGGUGAUAGGGUCAAUAUUGGCAAUGAUGAGUACUCAACUGUCUAUGGCUUUGGUCAUUUGGACAACUCCAAGUCCAACGAAUACCUGAGGGUUCACACAAAAGGGAAAGAUGGUUCCCGGUUGUCACCCUUGGAGAUUUCCGAUAAGCAUUUGAUCCCGAUCAAGGGCUCGACAACUGACGGAUCGAGGACCGCCACAACGCUACAAGCAAGCAAGUUGCGGUUGAAUGAUAUUCUCUACGGAAAGGGAGAAUCCGAGUAUGUUGUUACAAAGCUACAACAUGUCACUCGAAGAGGUGCCUAUCUGCCUUUGACAAAAGAAGGCAAGGUUCUCGUGAAUGGAAUUGUCGCAUCGGCCUACGUUUCCAUCUUCGACGAUGCUCCGAGUGUGAUCAGCUUGGUCACCAAGGUGGUAUCUGAAGAAACUUUCUUUGGCUUGUUUGUCUCUCCUUUCCGUUUGAUAUGUGGAAAGAUGUCUUUCACUGAUGUUUGCACUAGCGAGAGCAUGUUUGACAAGGAGACAGGAAUCUGGCAUUGGCUGUUGUGGGGCCAACGACUGACUAUCUCUGUCGAUGGUGCCAAUGCAGUAUUGCAAGUAGUUGGUGUUGCACUGGCACUGGUUGUUCUCGCGAUUGUGAACGCUUUGGAAUGGCUCUGGACGAUGAGACUCUGGACAAUUGCAGUUCUGUCAGUUUGGUAUGUUUUGGGAAUAAAGGUGAAGAUCGACAACGAGAAUGUGAGAGCAAAGCAGGCAAACGAGAAGGAGAAGUCGAUAUGAGAUAGAUGUGGUGCGUACUACUAUACAAACAUGCACCUUUGAGCCGAUUGAUGUUAAUUUAAAAAGAAACCACUACAGAUAGCUAGCUGGCUGCCUGCUAUGUAGUUGCAAAGGUAUAUGAGCAUUUGU